GGUCCGGAUCAGUACGAUAUCGCAAAGCAACCCUGGUUCCACGGGCCUUUGAGCUCAGCUGACGCAGAAACGCGUCUGCUGAAUGACGGUUCAUUUUUGGUUAUCAACAGUAACAAUGAUCCAUCAGCAUAUUAUUUGUAUAUACGAUGGAAUGGCCAGUGUCUCACAGUCAGGAUUCAAUACGACAAAGUCACUGACGAAUACAGUUUAGGAUCGAAAGCAUUUAGAACUGUGGCUGAACUAGUACAUUUCUACAAGGAAAACCAGCUACCUAUUAGCGAUGAUUGUGGAGCCAUACUUUUUACACCAAUUUCUGUGCCCGUUAACACCAGCGAAAUUAAACCUAUGCAAGCCUUUUCUAUCUUGAACAAAAACGCUCAAAAUAAAGAAAUUGGAGGCCGUUAUUCGCGGAAAGGCACUGCAAAGGUCGCCAACAAUUACAACAAACAUGUGGAAAGCCGAAGCUUGCCUCGAAAUUCCUCCAAUUCGUCUGUCACGCCAAGACUGAACAGAAAACAGAUUCGAUAUCUUCCUAUGGCCGAUAAACCUACUCACUUUGGACAAGCCAAUACAAACCGGUCUCUUUGCAAUCUGACGUCAAUAUACUGUGACCCCUCAGCUUUUGGCGGUAGCACACUUAGUUUGCCCAGCAUUUCUGCCACAGAUUUGCCAUCGACGGCCACCAUAUCCUACCGACUGGCCACAAUGUGCCGAGGAUUUAUAGACUAUGACUUAACACACGCCCAGGUACCAAUAGGCAAAGUUGCCAAGCCACUGGACUUUGAUAUUUGGGAAGCUGUGGGCAGGUAUUUGUUGGCUGCGGGUGCUAAGAAUGUGGCGGCUUGUUUAGUAGCGGAAACCGCAAAUUUGCUUCUCCUCAAAUGGGUUUCAAUAGAAUUGCCGAAUACUUCUCAGCCUUCGGAUGGAUUCUCGCUGCUACUGUGGCCUGCUGCUAACGGAUAUCGUCGAGAUCUAUUUAACAGGGACCGGUUCUUGUCAAUGUUUGUAACAACUUCUAUCGUCAUUCAAAAAGAUGCAAAGUUAAAAUCUGAUCUGCUGAUUCUGUGGAUGAAGAUCAUGACGAAAUUAAUGGGGAAAUACAAGGACUACCUCACUACAAGUGCCCUCGUGGAAGCCGUUUGCUCUGACGAGAUUUCGAAACAGAAUCUUGAAUGGGAGCAUGAAUUGUCGGAUGGAGAAAGCGAAGAGGCAAUGAAUCAGCUGAAAUGCGCCCUUGCAGAUGGUCGUCGUCGUCGUCGGUGUCGUGAGGAAGUCCCCGUUGAAGAGGCAGCCUCGUGUCUGGCGCAGAUCGGCCAGUGCGUGCCCAACAUCGCUCCGCUUGUUACAAUUCUGUACCGAGCCCAGUCUCCACACGCAGAUUCUGGAUGCAUUCCAUCAUUGGAUCUGAUGGAUAAACUUACUGUAACGAGGGGCAUUUUUCGGAGGAAAGGAGGUGAAAUCGGGACUGCUGACCUAUGGGUCAGCAAACUAUGGCAACAGCUGGUGACUUCUAAGGUGGGUCUGUGGCGUGUUUAG